AUGGAUUUUAUCAACCCUCCUGUUGAUUUAACGAAUGCUGCUAAAUGCCAUUAUUCACAAAAAACAACAUUCAGAGAUAAAUUUGAAGUGGCAUGGAAUUUUAUAACUCCGUAUAUUACAAUAAAUCAUGAUAAAAUUGAUAAAACAGUUGGUCAAUCAAUGAUCUGGAGGGAAAUUGGUAAUAAAGAAUACACUACUGCAAAAAACAAAGAUUAUUUAAGCAAAUCAAUUAAAGCAUACUCCGAGAGUAUUGCUUUUGCACCACUUGGAUCCAAAGAAUUGUCAUUGGCUUAUGCAAAUCGUUCAGCUGUAUUGUUCAGAGCAAGACACUAUGAAGAUUGUCUUCUUGACAUUGAACGUGCAUUAAAAUCAGGCUAUCCAGAUAAAUUAAAAACAAAAUUAUAUUUACGUCAAUCAUUGUGUUUCAAGGCCUUGAAACCAAACUCAAAACUUGAAGCAGAUAUUUCAAUGGCCAGUGCAAAGCAGUGGCUACCUAAUUUAAAAAAAUAUAAUCCAACAUACGACCUAACCGAAGAGUAUCCGAAAAUGAUGAAUGAACUUAAAGAACCACGUGAGAUUAUUGAAUUUAUACCAGAAAUAAAAAAUGAUAAUGCAAUAAUAGUUGGUGCAUCUGAUGCAAUUGAAUUGAAAGAAACAAAUGAUAAUAAUCAACAUGUUGUUGCAACAAGAGACAUCAAGACUGGUGAAUUUAUUUACAUUUCUGAACCAUUUGCAGCUACUGUUAGUGAUGACUUCCGUUUUAUAAAUUGUUGGCAUUGUUGUCGCCAAACUUGGGCUGGUAUACCAUGUGAUAAUUGUCCUACUAUCAUAUAUUGUAGUGACACAUGUAAAAAAAAAGCAUGGAACAGUUAUCAUAAUAUUGAAUGUUUAGUAUUGGGACAAUUUUUAAAAUUUGAGAAAACUACUAGAGGUUAUUUAUUAGCAAUUAAACUUUUUUCAAAAACACUGAACUCAGUUGGUGGACUAAUUGAAUUAAAAAACAAAAUUGAAAAUAUUGACUCUAUGAAAAAUAGAGAAUUAAUAUUUACCAAUGGAAUUCUUGAUUUUAAUACUAUCGAUAAUUUUCUUAAUCUUGAUUAUUUUAAAGCAACAUCAACUGAGUGCACUUUUGGAUUUGCAUUAUUUGUGGUAUUGAUUGUUGCAAUUUUUGGUCACAAAACAGAUAUAUUUGGUAAAAAAAUGACAAUGAAAGAUUUGAUUAAUUAUAAAAAUGAAAAACUAUUAAUUUUAGGAGAAUUAUUAUUGCGUUUUUUACUAACUGUUCGUCGUAGUGGUCAAUCGUUCGUAGUUGAUGGUGAUAAUGAGUGGUCGAGUGUCAUGUUACCAUAUUGGAAGAUAAUAAAACCAAGCUGUGAUCCUAAUGUCGAUUGGACUCAUGUGGGUUCAAAUGUUGGGUAUUUUGCUCUGAAACCAAUCAAGCAAGGAGAACCGAUUCUCGAGAGUAUUUUUGGUUCAUAUCAUACAGUAUCUAAAACUGAACGAUCCAUUGGUUUCGGAAAUGUCAGUAAUGAUCCUCUAUCAUGUGAAUGCACAGCAUGUGUUGAAAACUGGUCAACUAUUCAUUCUCUUCCAUCCUACCAGAGUAUGACACUGCCGACCAGAAUCAAAGAAGAAUUGAAUUGUAUGAUGCUGGAACUCAAAGAAUGGCAGAAGCUUAUCCUGCAGGGAGAUCCUAAAAAAUUAUUAACAUUUAAGGACGACUUAAAUACUAUGAACGACAUGUUUCAUCAAUACAUCACUAAUCCUUGUAGAGAAAUAUCAGAAUUGCAUUUAUUCCUCAAAUUGUUGUACAUUCAACUACAUACUGUUCAUGAUAUUGACGAGUAAUUAUUUUCCAUCACAAAAAAGAAAGCAACAUUCUACUUUAUAUGUUUUUUUACAUCGAUGUUUAUUUCACCGAGAAAAAAAAAUUAUAG